GUAAAAUUCACAAACAAAACAAAUUAAUCACAGAGUUGCAAAACAAAAUAGCCGGGGACAGAAGGUAACGUAAUUCUCUAGCGAAAUGGCGGAUACACUUGUUUCUGCAGUCUUGGAGCAGCUAACAACAAUCAUCUUGGAGGAAGCAAGGCAAAAGGUGAGGCUAAUAAAGGGUGCACAGGAGGAGAUUGACAAGGUGAGAAGCAAUCUCGAGUCUGUCCGUGCUCUCCUUGAUGAUGCAGAGGAAAGGGGGAAGAGGGACAAAAGUAUCAAACUUUGGUUACAUCGACUCAAAGAAGCAUCUCUUGACAUGGAGGACGUGUUGGAUGAGUGGAAUACUGCACUUUUGAAGUGGAAAAUUAAUGAAGCUCAAAAUGCUGUGUCUGUCCUCCAGAAAAAGGUGUGUCAUUUUAUCUCUUGUUUUUGCUUUCGACGAGUUGUUAAGCUCCAUGGUGUUUCUGUGCAAAUAAAAGAAAUCAAUAGAAGAUUAGAUGAGAUUGCUAAACAGAAAGAUAAGUAUAGUUUUGUCUCGAGGGAAAUUAGACAGCCUCAAAUUCAACCAGAAAGAGAAACCACAUCUUUCGUUGAUGGUUCUGCCAUCCAUGGACGAGAUGAGGUAAAGAAAAGGAUAAUUAGCUACUUGCUAUGUGGAAGCAGUGAAGAGUCUAGUGACUUCCACCUCCAGACCAUCUCAAUAGUAGGGAUGGGAGGUAUUGGCAAGACAGCUCUUGCACAAAUCCUCUACAAUGACGAUGAAAUUGAGGCACACUUUGACAAGAGGGUUUGGGUGUGUGUCUCUGAUCUCUUUGAUGAGGCCAGAGUUGCUAGAGCAAUCAUCAUUGAACUUGAAGGUCAGAAUCAUACUUCGGUGUUUCUCUUAAACUCACUACCACUUCAGAGCCUCUUAAAAAGAAUUUGUGAUUCCUUAGGAGGAAAUAAAUUCUUUCUGGUUUUAGAUGAUGUGUGGACAGAGGACGGUAAUAGUUCGGAUUCACUGAAACAGACUUUUAAACAUGGAGCUCCUGGAAGUAGGAUUUUGGUGACUACUCGCAAGGAGACAGUUGUAAAGAUGAUGGAAUCCUCCUAUUUCUUCCCUCUAGAAGAGCUGUCUCAAGAGGUGUGUUGGUCCAUACUUAGCCAAAUAGCAUUCAUCAAUAGGGACGAGAAACAAUGCUCCGAUUUAAAAGACAUUGGGUGGAAGAUUGCCAAGAAAUGUAAAGGACUGCCACUUGCUGCAAAGACCUUAGGGAGUUUGUUGCGGUAUAAAAGAACAGGAGAAGAGUGGAAAGAUGUUCUAGACAAUGAAAUAUGGACAUCAGACAUGAUACAGAAAGAUAUCUUUGCUCCUCUUUUGUUGAGUUAUUAUGAUUUACCCUGGGUAAUAAGACAAUGCUUUUUGUAUUGUGCUAUCUUUCCAAAGGAUUUUGAAAUAUGGAGGUAUCUUGUAAUCCAACAUUGGAUGGCCCAAUGUUAUCUCAAUUCUAGUAGCAAUGCAGAGAUGGAAUUAGUAGGCAGAGAGUAUUUUGAUUAUUUGGCAGCUCGCUCCUUCUUCCAAGAUUUUGGAAGACUUGAAGAUGGUAGCAUAUUUAAAUGUAAGAUGCAUGACAUAGUACAUGACUUUGUCCUGUUUUUGGCAGAAAGUGAUUUUGUAACAAAGAAGGUUGCUUAUGGUGAAAACUCAACCGUGGAGUUACAGUCCGAAGCUUGCCAUUUGACAGUAAUGCUGGCAGAACGAACUUCUUUUCCUGCCUCAAUUCAUGGCACAGAAAAGCUGCGGAGUGUGGUAACCUUUUGUGGACGGAAAGCAAUAAGUAAUGUAGCAUUGUGCAACUUAUUUAAACAGUCAAAACGUCUGCGUUUGCUCGAAUUUGGUUGGCCUGAUGGGCUCAAUCAUUUCGAAAAUGGAAUUCCUGAUGAAAUAGGGCAGUUGAUGCAUUUGAGGCACCUUAACCUCUCUUUCACUGUGAAUAUGAAAAAGUUGCCUGAAGGAAUCUGUGAAUUAUGCAAUCUGCUAUCUUUGGAUCUAAAAGGUUGCAGUGGUCUUCAGGAACUACCUGAUGGAAUUGGGAAAUUGAUCAACUUGAGGUUUUUCCGUGCUGCAGGUUGCUUUGAUCUCACUUGGUACCCAAAAUCAAUGGGAAGAUUAACUUCUCUCAGGGAGUUGAUUGAAACUAACAUCAGGGUUGAUCACAAUGAUCCUAAAGAAUUUUGUAUUGGUGAUCUGGAAAAUUUGUGCCACCUUCGUCGGCUCUGGGUGAAGUUGGUUGGAAAUUCCAUAGAUGCAGAUGAGGCUAGGAGAGCUAGACUUCAUGAUAAGAUCCAUUUGCACGAGAUGAAGAUUGAUUUGGAUCACAACAUGGACGAAGGUUAUGCAGUUGAAACCUUGAACCCACCUUCCAACUUAAAUGUUCAGUUUUGGACUAGCUGCACCGAUUGGUAUUACUAGCUAGUCCAGGAAGGAAUGUGAAUUUUAUAAAGCAACAAGGAUACGCUUACAUUGAUCAUGAUGAAUAAUGGGAAUAGUCUUUCACGGUGUGUAAUUGUUGCUUAUUCUCUUUACUUUGUGUUGGUCCACGUUUUUAUUCUGUUUGUUUUCCUGUUGGUUUUAUGUACUGUUUGCCUUUUUUUCUUGUUGGUCCAUAUUUGGAUUCAAUCUUGUAGGGUUGAUUCUGCUUGGUGUUUGCUGGAUGACUUGACAAAAGCCUUGUUGCCUUCUCCAUUGAAGUGAUCGUAUAUUUGCUAUUUGAAUGAACUGAUUUUUUUUUU